AUGAUCAAGCGGUCGCCAAGUAGAAACCCCAGAUCCAAAGGCAUUAAGGUAAAACGUUUUCUUCAGAUUUGUUUGUUGCUUGGUGUCUGCUUCUGGUUGAUCUACCAAGUCAAGCACUCCCAUGACAAGAAGAAGGAGCUUGAGGAGAAUCUCUCUCUCAAAGCACAAAAUCAUGAUGAGCUACCAAAACUUGGGAGGAAAGACCUCCAUCCUGGUUUGCAAGAAAAAACUAGGAGUGAGAAGCCUGUGGAAGAAGAGGAAGAAGACACUGGAGUAGACGAGGAAGUAAAUAAGAAAGAAGGAAAUAGACGUGAAAAGGAGGAAGAAGAAGAAACCAAGCUUGAAAAAGAAGGGGGAGGAACUAAGGAUGAAGAGUUGGAAAGAGAAGAAGAGCGUAUUCAUGACGAGGAAGAGAGAGAAGGAGAAGGAACUAAUCAUUUAGAUAAAGAAAAAGAAGAGGAAAUCAGGCAUGAAGAAGAGGAGCAAAAUGAAGAAGCAAAAAGCGAAGAAACUGAAGACAAGGGCAGAGGAGGUGGAGAUGAUGAGGUAGAUGAACAUGAUCAAGACAAACUAGAAGGAGAAGCUGACCGUGAUGAGGAAUUUAUGGAUGAAGAAAGAGAGAGGGAGGACGAAGGUGAGGAAACAGAAAAUCAAGGUACUGAAGGUUUAGAUAAUGAAGGCGAGGAAAAGGAAAGUCAAGGUAAUGAAGAUGAGGACAGGGAAGUUCAAACAGACAAUGAAACUCAAUCAGAAGAUCAGGAUCGUGAUGGAGGCAGUAAGAAUUCCCAUGAGGCCCGAGAGGAACAUUACAAGGCAGAUGAUGCUUCCAGUGCAGUUACUCAUGAUGCUCAAAUUAUAAGCACUGAACCCGAGAAGGAAGUUUUCGAGAAAUCAAAUGAAAAGUUGUAUUCCAUUAAUCCUUUGGAUGUUAAUGGGGAUAAAAACAACUCAAUAUCUCUUCUGGAACAAGCUGAAAACGGCCAUCCUUUGAAUGUAACAACUGAUGGAAAAAAAAAUGGUGAGAUCAUUCUGACCAAGUCUGAGGAUGAGUCACCUAAGAACGCAACAGUUACAGUGCUGUCCAAUGAUCAAUUAGUACCAAGCAAUAAGUCAACGGAAGUGAGUUCAGAAGCUGGCAAUAACCAGGCUGGUGCAAACCUUGAAGUUUCUGGUUCAUCCCAGCAGAAUGGAAUGUUGAAUGUCUCAGGUUCAACUCAAAUUCAAAAUGCAAUGAUUAAUGGUCAAGUUACUGGGGAUGUAUCCAACCUGCAAACCACUCGGUUGGAACAGGUUAAUAAUACCAUAGUUUUUGAUAGCGUUCAAUCUGAUUCUAAUUCAACUGUCCCUGUUCAAACCAAGAAUGCAGAUUCAUCUGGCAAUGGCUCCUCAAAUUCUUCUAGUAAUUCGGAGACUGUUGUAUCAGAUAAGACCAUUAAGCCUGAAGUAACAACUGCAGGAGAUGUGAAUUCUGGGUUGUCUUCUGGAACAAAUAAGACUGCAGAAGCUGCUCAUGAUGAGAACUCAGAAACAAAAAUUGAAUCUGGUAAAACAGAUGAAAAUACUGAUUCUUCUACUACGAACAAGGAUGUAGAUGCAGUCGUGCAUGACCCUAUUGAUUCUUCUGAUACUUCAAUUGGUCAAGAACAGACAGAGGCUCGCAUAGAUCUGAGCACAUUGCCAGAGACUGGUACCGUAGGGCUUGACAGGGGAAAUGCUGCAGAAGAAUGA